AAUUACUUGGCACGUGGUCUGAGCAAAAUUCAAUUGAAAAUAAAAACAAAUAAAAUUUUAAAAUAAAACAAAGCCAACGUACAACAGAGCAGUUGACCAAAACAUUCAAAGAAAGAAAGAACAAAGCAUCAGUGGAACGAGACGCAAUCGAUUGGCGAACUUCAACUGUAGCUGUAGCUGUGUAGUAAGAACAAAUCUAAGUCUAACUAAGGAUAUCGUAAAUGAACCUGCUGAGCUGUAACAAGAAUAUCAGUUAUGCUGCAUAAUAAAGCGCCUUAGUUAGAGUGUGUGUAUGUGUUGGUGUGUGUACGUGUGAAGCAGAAAACAAAAAGUGUUGAUUAACAGUGUUGAGAAACAUUAGACAAAAACAUCUUUUUUUUUAGAUUGAAAAAAUUCUUUUCAAUUCCAGUGAAUCCACGCACUGAACAAUUUUUUUUUUGUUUUUUUUUUUUUUUGUUUGCUUGUUAAAUAUCUACUCACACUUACGCGGAUAACGGUUGUGCUUCGUAUGUGCAAUAAAACUUUGAAAUUUUGUAUACAUACAUGCAAACAUAUUGUACGCGCGAAAAAAACGUGAAAAGUGCAACGUUGCUGAAUUAUUGCGUGUUGCUGCGUUGUUCGUGUGUGAAUUGUUACCGUACCAUACCAUACCAUGCAUAUCUAAUGUACGCACAAAUGAUUUGUGACACUGCCGGCAAUGUCAACAGUUAAACGCAAUUGCUUUUAAAGAGCGCACGCAUAUAAUACACAUCUUCAGUUAAAGUGUCGUCAUAUGAUCGUCAUCUCUAGAAAAUCAACUUCAACGAAAACCCCUUUUUUCUGAUUUUUUUCGUUUUUCGUUUUUUUUUUUUUUUUUUUUUUUUGAAAUAAAAACAUCACGUUUUCACGCCAUACUCGCCGUAAAGGAAGCCGUGAACGUUUUCAUUUAGAAGAAUAACGAAGCGUAUAAUAAUAAUAACAACAACAACCGUAAAUUUUAUAUAUGUAAAGGGCUGUUAUGCAGCAAAUGUUGCAAAUGGGAUUUGGGUGUUAAUUUAUGCAUAAACUCUACCAUAUCGUUUACAGUGUGUUCAGUGAACUGGGUAAGGUGGGCAUAUUGCCGCUCAAUUGCUUUUGACAGACGAGUUGUGAAGUCAAGUGGCAUUGCGCUGUUCAUCGUGCCAUAGUGACAAAGUGAAGCAGUUUAUUGUUGUUAACCUCACUCACAUAUACUAAUAACUUGAGUAAGUGCGUUAUAAGCCGUAAGCAGAGCAGUAUACAGUGCAUCUGUUUGUGAUUCGUCAUUGUUAUUUUUUUGCCAGUGACGUCAUUGACGUCACGUAAUCCAGUUUAAUUUGUAUUUGUUUCUUCAUUUGUGCUGUGGUUUGGCGCAGUUUUGCUUGCGUUCGUUGCAUUCCUUCUUGGUUUUAGUACAACAUUUUAUGAUGGCUGUUACCGCAUUGAGCUCAGGCUCUUCUAACAUUUUAUUAAGUUCAUAUUUUACUGAUGUGUCUACAACAGCAACGGCAACAGCAACAACAGCAGCAGCAACAAUAUCUCCCGCUUUCCCUUCCCGCUCAUUAACGUGUUUUAGUUAUCAUAUUGUUCGUGCGCUAUUCACCGUUCUUGUGCUAGUGCAGCAUAUGUUUACCGUAUCUGGCAUAACGGAUCGUUUAAUUGUGCAAACGACAAGUGGUCCCGUGCGUGGUCGUGCUGUUACAGUACAGGGCCGCGAAGUGCAUGUCUUUACUGGCAUACCAUACGCUAAGCCGCCUGUGGACGAUUUACGUUUUCGUAAGCCAGUCCCAGCUGAACCCUGGCAUGGCGUUUUAGAUGCCACUAAAUUGCCGGCAACAUGUGUACAGGAGCGAUAUGAGUAUUUUCCUGGCUUUUCCGGUGAAGAGAUAUGGAAUCCCAACACAAAUGUAUCGGAGGAUUGUUUAUUUAUAAAUAUCUGGGCACCAGCUAAAGCCCGCAUACGCCAUGGACGUGGCGCAAACGGUGGUGAGCAUACCGCGAAAAACGAUCAAGAUCAUAUGCAACAUGGCCUGAUUGCGCAGAAUUCCUCAAGUGGUUUACCCAUAUUAAUUUGGAUAUAUGGCGGCGGCUUUAUGACCGGCUCAGCUACCUUGGAUAUCUAUAAUGCUGAUAUAAUGUCGGCGGUGGGAAAUGUUAUAGUAGCGUCGUUCCAAUAUCGUGUUGGUGCAUUUGGUUUUCUACAUCUUUCACCGGUAAUGCCAGGUUUCGAAGAAGAGGCCCCCGGCAACGUAGGCCUUUGGGAUCAAGCAUUGGCCAUACGUUGGCUUAAGGAGAAUGCCCGAGCAUUUGGCGGUAAUCCCGACUGGAUGACUCUUUUCGGGGAGUCAGCCGGCUCGAGUUCCGUAAAUGCUCAACUCAUGUCGCCCGUUACCCGAGGAUUAGUUAAGCGUGGAAUGAUGCAAUCAGGGACUAUGAACGCGCCGUGGAGUCAUAUGACUUCAGAGAAAGCUGUGGAAAUUGGAAAAUCGUUAAUUAACGAUUGCAAUUGUAAUGUUUCGCUAUUAACGGAAAAUCCUCAAGCUGUCAUGGCUUGCAUGCGUGCCGUAGAUGCUAAAACGAUUUCGGUUCAACAAUGGAAUUCAUAUUCAGGCAUUUUAAGCUUUCCAUCGGCACCGACUAUAGAUGGCGCCUUUUUACCCGCUGAUCCUAUGACUCUACUAAAAACUGCUGAUCUAAAUGGCUAUGAUAUAAUGAUUGGUAACGUUAAAGAUGAGGGUACUUAUUUUCUUCUAUAUGAUUUUAUUGAUUACUUUGAUAAGGAUGAAGCGACAUCAUUACCACGUGAUAAAUAUUUAGAAAUCAUGAAUAACAUAUUCAACAAGGCAACUCAAGCUGAACGUGAGGCUAUCAUAUUUCAGUAUACAAGCUGGGAAGGAAAUCCAGGAUAUCAAAAUCAACAGCAAAUUGGAAAAGCGGUGGGUGACCAUUUUUUCACCUGUCCCACCAAUGAAUACGCACAAGCGUUAGCUGAACGAGGAGCUUCUGUGCAUUAUUAUUACUUUACACAUCGCACCAGUACUUCGUUGUGGGGCGAAUGGAUGGGCGUUUUGCAUGGAGAUGAAAUUGAAUAUUUCUUUGGCCAACCAUUGAAUACGUCAUUACAAUAUCGGCCUGUAGAGCGCGAACUAGGCAAACGUAUGCUUAACUCAGUUAUUGAGUUCGCUAAAACGGGUAAUCCCGCUGUUGACGGAGAAGAAUGGCCUAAUUUCUCUAAAGAAGAUCCAGUGUAUUAUGUUUUUAGUACGGAUGAGAAAAUUGAGAAACUGCAAAGAGGCCCAUUAGCCAAACGCUGCUCAUUUUGGAACGAUUAUCUGCCGAAAGUUCGAAGUUGGGCUGGUUUGGGUUGUGAAAAUGCCAGUCUAACGUCAGCCUCACCUGCCGUAGCAGAGCACAACUAUAAUAAUAUUUUGAUAAAUACAUUGGUGCUGGCAACAAUUAUUAUCACCGCUUAUCAAUAUCAAUAAAACUGGAAAUUUUGAAAUUAAUAAAUACUCUUUAGUUUAAAUAAUAAGUAAAAAAAAAAA